AUGUUUUUAUUUCAUAACAAAAUUCAUGAAUCUAAGACUAAAUUAUCAAAAACAAAUGCUUUAAAGCCUGAAGGCUAUAUUAUACUAGACCACAUAUCACAAGGAAGUUUUGGUGAAGUACGACACGCUAAAUUUUUAUCAGAAGAAGAUGAUUUGAAUUUAGUAGUGAAAAUUAUUGAUACAAAUGAAACAAGCAAAGAAUAUGUUUCUAAAUUUUUGCCUCGUGAACUAGAUGUUAUGCAAAAAACGAAUCAUCCAUAUAUUGUUCAAAUACACAGUAUUUUAAAAAAAAAAGCUAUUUUAUAUAUUUUUAUGGCAAAUGCAGAAAAAGGUAAAAUCAUCUUUUACUCAUUUUUCAAAAAGUCAUUAAUAUAUUUAUAUUGCUAGUAGAAUCAAAUCUAAAACCUAAGUAUUAACAAGGGUGACUACAGCUGUGUCAAACAUUUCAGCACCAUGGGUUAAUAUUUUUUCUUCAGGGCUACUGGGCACAGGUGGCAUAUUAAGUGAAGAUAAAGGCGCCCCUUUACUUUUACAAAACUACGGCGUUUGGGGACAAUUUCCCCCUUUUACUUCCCCUCCCCUCCCCAACCUUAACACGGUCCUGCAGGUGACCUAGUUAUAAGAUUUUAGUUUAGUAAGUAUUGAGUUAAGUUGAAAGUAAUUAUAAUCAAUGCUGUAAAUAGAGGUUGACGAAAUGGGUGGUUAGCAAGGGUGCACAUUUGAGUUAAAUUAAAGAUUGUUUUUUUUUUUGUACAAAAUAAGAGCCAAAAUAAAAUUCGCAAAGCGCGCCAUGGGCGGCAGUUACGGCCCUGUUUAUAUGGUACACUAUUGAAUGGAAAGCGAAUCCUUAAGGGACAUGCAUUCAGCAGUUUACUUAAUGCCACCAGGCAGUUACUUCAAUUUUUAAAUGCACCAACUAUUGAAUUUGAUUAAAAUUAUGAACACUAAACAUUAUAUUUUUAAGGUGAA